UGUUUAUUUUUUUAUUUAUUUAUUUUGUUUCUAUAAGAUGGGCCAUCUGGGUUUUCCACUUUCAUUUGCAAAAUUGCAUUUGCGUCCUUGAAACUUGCACCAAAAUAUUCCAGAGCUUUUUUCUUUCAUACCCAAACCCCAAAGCCAUGUCUCAGACUGUUGUCCUCAAGGUUGGUAUGUCCUGCCAAGGUUGUGUUGGCGCUGUGAAAAGGGUUCUAGGCAAAUUGGAAGGGGUGGAAUCAUAUGACAUUGAUUUGAAGGAGCAGAAGGUGACGGUGAAGGGCAACGUGCAGCCUGAUACAGUUCUGCAGACAGUUUCAAAAACUGGGAAGAAAACUGCCUUCUGGGAAGCAGAAGCACCUGCUGAACAUGAAGCAGCAGCAAAGCCUGCAGAAGCACCUUCCGAACCCGAAGCAGCUGCAAAGACUGCAGAAGCCGUGGCUGCUGCUUAAGGUUUAUCCCGUUUGCUAUGAGAAGCUGGUCUGUUAAUCUAUUUUAGAUUGGUGAACUAAAUACAUAUAUGAUUCUGAAUGUCUAGUGCCACUGGUUGGUUGUAAACUUGUAACCUACAAUAACUCCUCUGGGUUUUGGCAUGAGUUUUCUGUAUAACAAUUUAAAUACAAACUGUUUUAUUGUGUAAUAUGUGAACAAAAACACUUCUCCCUUUAUUUGAAGGGCAAAAAGAGGGGGACAAAAAAAAAAUUGUAUGAAUAAAAUUUAUGUUGUUUGGAACUUUUAAA